AUGACGAUCAGAGACGAACUGAACAGUCCGACGAGAAUCUCGACCUUCGGUCCUCGAGGGAGCGGUAUUUUGGGCCUUUUUUUCUCAUCCAGUCAAUCUUCUUCUUCUGAUGAUGAGGUCUAUCUCUUUUCAGAUGAAGAUGAAGAUGGAAGUGACGAGAAUGAGCAUAGCGACGAAGACGAAAUCGACCCUAGAAAUGGCGCCCUAAGAAUCUUUUUUGACGCUUCAGAUACCGACAGCGAUGACUACGAAUAUCCUGGAAGACUGCAAGAACGACGCCGCCCAACCAACCCUUAUGUGGCACGUGCUAUCCGGGACUUUGGGUCACGCUCAACAGCAGAAGAGUGUCUGGACCUAAAAAUGGCGCCGCUUGGUCUACAGUUUUGGUACAGCAUGACACUAAAUCCGGAAGGAGGGCCUGGCAAGUAUAUUCUGUUUGAUGCCUAUGCUCGGUAUGGGUUUUUAUUUUGGGAAGGAUGGCGGAUGAUCGAAUUUGGGCUGUGGUCGAACAAACCCAUUGAAGAUAUGUCUGUGUAUUAUCAAAGGUGGUUCCGAUUCCUCUCUCCGGAGGAUAUGGCUUUUCAUCUUAAGUUCCGAUAUUUCGGAGAUGAAGACUGGCUAUAG